AUGUAUGAAUUAAAAAUUAAAGUUUGUAAAAGGCAUUCAGGGGGCACUACUACUACUACUACUACUACUACUACUACUACUACUACUACUACUACUACUACUACUACUACUACUACUACUACUACUGCUACUACUACUACUACUACUACUGCUACUACUACUACUACUACUACUACUACUACUACUACUACUACUACUACUACCACCACUACUACUACUACUACUACUACUACUACUACUACUACUACUACUACUACUACUACUACUACUACUACUACUACUACUACUACUACUAAUAAUAAUAAUAAUAAUAAUAAUAAUAAUAAUUAUAAAUGA